AUGGCCAUCAAGCAUUUUGACAGGAAACCAUCCGAACAUCGUAGUUCUCUAACUACAGAUGGCAGUGCAAACGAUUUGUUUCAUAUCGACGAAGCGCCCAGAUCCCGGGUUGAAACGGUGGCGGAGCGCGCGAUGGGUUUCAUGUCGUCCGAGAACUUAUGCGAAGAGCGGAAACGGGAGACGAACGGUGACAUCAGGGGGCAGGGUAGAGCAACUCUCGUUCGACAAAAGCAAAGUCGUCGACCGAAACAAUGCACCAAUGGCGACGUGUAUUGCUGCCAGCAACUCGGCGAUUAUCCUAAGGCCGCAUGCAUGAGGAGGCUGUUACUCAUUCUUGGUGCGUAUAUGCUGUGGUCAUCUGUGGCAGACCGCGCUCCCGCAUCCCACAUUGGGUCAGCAUGGAUAAAGCCUGCUCGUCAUGAAGCUCUUAUUACCGCGGUAUUCCAGCCACUCGGGCGGAACCAAAAGGCACUUCGACACGAACUUAGCACACAAGUGGCUACACAGCGGUCAUGGAAAGGUCCAAUGGACACAAAUAGCGCGGUUUGUGUGAUUGGCGGAAUCAAGCCGUUGCUACAUAAGAAACCCCAGAGUACCCCGUACCUGGAGUUUAUCGAGCUUUGUGGUGUUGCGUCUUGUAACAAAACCUCAUCUACCAUCACAUAUCCUUCAUCAGCUACAAUGGCUUCUCGGGAUCAUUUCAACACUAAUGAGAACCGCUCCCAUGAGACACACUUUGACAGCGAAGAGAAGUUCCGAUACGAGCUUGCAAAGACCGUCACCUUGGCACCAGAACUCUACGAGAGACUCUUCAUCUCCCCAAAGACCCAAGUCUCGGGGUCUCUGCGAAAGACCUUUGGGAAUCCGACGCCUGUUGGCGUAUUAGGCUUCUCUGUAGCAGUGUUGCCACUCUCUGCAGCUUACAUGGGCUGGCAUGGCGCAGGAGGCCUAUCCGCAGCAACCCUCACGGUUAACAUCUGGUUCGGUGGCUUGCUUCUCAUCCUCGCUGGCAUAGGCGAAUUCCUUCUCGGCAACACAUUUCCCAUGAUUGUGUUCCUUGCUUACGGCGCACAUCUCCUGUCGUACGCGACAACCUUCAUCCCAUGGUUCAACGCCAUUGGUUUCUUCAAUCCAGACGGCAGUGGCUUGGGUGGCCCAGGAGCUGCCAAUCAGACACCCUUAUUUUUGUCCAGCUACGCAUUUUACCUCGUCGCCAUGUGUCUGCUCUCCUUCAUCUUCCUCCUGGGCUCGCUCCGAGUAAACGGCGUCUUCGUUCUCAUCUUCGCCACCGUUACAAUUGGCUUCGGCCUGGGUGCAGGUGCAUUCUUCCACCUCGGUCAGGGCAACGUUGCUUUGGGCAACAAACUGGCAGUCGGAACAGGUGGAUGUUUUUUUGCUGCUUCUGUCCUGGGCUUCUAUUUUUUGACUGCGCUUACGAUUGCAAUCAUGGAAUUGCCGCUUCCUGAUCUGCCAGUUUUCGACCUUAGCACGAUCAUCAAGGCCAAGUCGAGAGCCGUACCCUAG